GUGUCAUUGCUCAGCACUGGGCUCCGUCUCGCAUGGCAACAGCUCUCGUCUCUUAAUUUCUUUCACCUCGUCUCUCUCUCUCUCUCUCUCUCUGUCUGUCUGUCUCUGGUCUUCUGUCGCUUCGUCCCUGCGGCUUUGGAUGUUUUUGUCGGCCCUCGGAGGACAGCAGAGACAGACGUUGCUAGGCUAGUAUCUGUACACUGGACUUAUGAAUGGAACAGUCACAUAGGUCACUAAUCUGCUUCUCUCAGCAAAGACAAAGAAACACAACCUGAACUCUGAAGUUACAUCAGCUGUCCACACGCUGUCGGUGAAACAGCAGAUUUGCUCUGAUUGACGUCUCCUGGUGUCGUUCUUCUGUGGUCAAACCAUCCAUCACAAUUCAGGAUUUUGUCCCCUGGAUAUUGAACAGACAUUGUGCUGUUGCCGUGGUGACACUCCAGAGGGACCUUGAUUGACAGGUCUCCCUCAAUAGGAGCUCUGAGGGGUCGCCACCGACAGGAACAUGUGCUAGAAGUUGUACAUCUGUCCUACACGACCAGUCGGCUUUGACUCUAGAAGAUGAACAAUGAGGAUGAGUUCUACGACGCCGUCACAGGCCUGGACUCGGACGAGUCGUAUGAAGGGGUGUCGGAGGCCAGUUUCAAAGAUGCGCUGGUGUUUGACGGCAGCAGUCAGAAGAACAAUGGAUCGGUGCCACAGGAGAACGGCAUCAAGAAACACAGGACGUCAUUACCAGCGGCCAUGUUUUCCAGAAACACUGUCAGUGUCUGGAGCAUCCUGAAGAAAUGCAUUGGACUGGAACUGUCUAAGAUCACGAUGCCCAUCGUCUUCAACGAGCCUCUGAGCUUCCUGCAGAGAAUCACCGAAUACAUGGAACACACGUACCUCAUCAACAGAGCCUGCUCGCUGCCCGACUCCAUAGACCGCAUGCAGGCAGUAGCUGCUUUUGCUGUAUCAGCAGUUGCGUCUCAGUGGGACAGAACAGGAAAACCCUUCAACCCUCUGCUGGGAGAGACCUAUGAACUCACCAGAGAGGAUCAGGGUUUCCGGCUGGUAUCGGAGCAGGUAUCCCAUCAUCCCCCAGUCAGUGCCUUCCAUGCAGAGAGUCUGGUCGGGGACUUCGUCUUCCACGGCUCCAUCUACCCCAAACUGAAGUUCUGGGGCAAGAGCGUCGAGGCCGAGCCCAAAGGGACCAUCACGCUAGAGCUACUCAAACACGCUGAGGCGUACACAUGGAGUAAUCCUUACUGCUGCGUACACAACAUCAUCCUGGGCAAACUGUGGAUAGAGCAAUACGGCACAGUGGAAAUAGUCAAUCACAGCACUGGAGACAAGUGUGUGUUGAAUUUCAAGCCCUGUGGGAUGUUUGGCAAGGAGCUGCACAAAGUGGAGGGAUACAUCCAGGAUAAGAGUAAAAAGAAGCACUGUGUCAUCUAUGGGAAGUGGACUGAGUGCAUGUGGAGCGUCGACCCUCAGGCCUACGAGGCCCACAAGAAGUCAGAGAAGAGAGGAGACACCAAGAAGCACAAAAAUGAGGAGCAGGAGGGUGCGGAGAACGAUGACGCAGACGACAUGCCCGAAGUCCAGGAGACGGUUUCUGUUGUACCAGGAAGCACUCUGCUGUGGAGGAUAGACUCCAGACCGGCACACUCUGCUUCGAUGUACAACUUCACCAACUUUGCCAUGUCUCUCAAUGAGAUGGAGCCUGGCAUGGAGGCCAUCGUGGCCCCGACAGACUGUCGCUUCAGGCCUGACAUCAGAGCCAUGGAGAGUGGCAACAUGGACGAGGCCAGUCAGGAGAAGGAGAGACUGGAGGACAAACAGAGAGCUUCCAGAAAGGAGAGAGCCAAGGAUGAGGAGGAGUGGACUACGAGGUGGUUCAACAUGGGCACCAACCCGUACACCAACUCCCAGGGCUGGCUCUACACCGGUGGCUACUUCAGUAGGAACUACCAAGACCUGCCCGACAUCUACUGAUGGCCUUCAUCCUCCUCCUCUUCUUCGUCCUCUAUAACCUGCAAUGACCUGCCUGUCAUGAAAUGGAGAGAAAUACUAAGAAUCCACAUAAACCAUCUUCAUCUCACUGCCUUCAUCAUCAUCAUUAUCAUCUUUAAACGGACCGACACACCCAGCGCAGAUUGGAAAGACUCCAAUCCAAACGCCCGUCACUUCUCUCAAACAGCAUCCUGCUUGAUGUCAACUGAGUCUUCGGGUCUUUUUUUUUAAUCUUCACUUAAAGGGGCAGUGUGUAGAAUCUGGAGGCAUCUAGCAGCAACAAACUGAAACUCCUCCCGUGGGCCAAGCGUGUAGGAGAACUUCGCAAAAACGUGAAUGGCCCUCUCUAGAGCCAGUGUUUGGUUUGUGCGUUCUGGGCUACUGUAGAAACAUGGCGGCUGGCUCCGUGAAGACGACCCACUCCCUAUGUAAAUACAAACGGCUAAUGAGAACACAACGAUUCUUAUUUUCAGGCAAUUAUACACUAAAAAAAACAUCCAUUUCUGCCAGUAGAUCCCCCUAAAUGUUACACGCUGUUCCUUUAAGUCUCAUCAUGUGUGAUUUCGUCACCAUAACAACCAGCAAACGUUUCCCGUCUCUCUUUCCCCGGCAUCGUUUAGAGCACAAGAACCAUUUUAUUCCUGACCAAUCGCAACGCCAGAGAGCUGGUACGUGUAAAACAAUGGUCCCCCACAAACUCACACAUCCAAUCUGAAUGUUCAACGUCUUUUUGCAAUCAAACUCUAACCUCCCGAGCCUCUGGAUGUGUCAUUAAUGAGUAAAUAUGAGUAGAAACAACAUGAAGUAAAACCUAAUAAUCCCAUUGAUGGAUUUACGGACACGGAUGGACGCCCAGUCAACAGGGAAAUCAGGGAUGUGAACGCUCCUUUUGACUGAAGACGAACCUUGAGGAUGCUUUUUUCUUUUCUUUUAAACAAUCAAAAAAAUUAAUAUAGGUUGGUUUAACUUUUGGUUGAAUUGGUCAAGAUAAUAAUCACCGUUACUCUCCCGUUAACCUUCUACUUAAGGUUUAUGUACUGGAAUAAAUCAAGACAACUACUAGAAAACGGAUGUUUCCUCGACAGCAGAGUGGAACGGAUCAGAAAAGAAACCACGUCUCCUGCACGGCAACAGAUGAAUGAAUGGAGGUCGUCUUAAUUUGUACAGUGCGAUUAACAGUCCACGGUGAAUUCACUCUAAAAGAAAACGUAGAGCAGCUGGAGGACACGAACACUGAACUGAAUGUUUAUAUGCAGCUUGGCUAACUGUGCUGGCUGCUAAGUCUUAGCUGAGGUUUACUGGUGGUGCCAAUAUCUGAUUACUCAUCCUCUAGUUCGUUUAUCUUAUUCUUUACAAAGCUGAGCAAAUAGAGAAAAAAAAAAAUUCCCCUCCACAUGCAGGUCAAAGGUCAGGGUUUAGCAGCUCACAUAGAUUCACAUUGUGUCUGAAAUUCCACACUAACAUGCUAUUUAGUACGUUCAAACAGUAUGUGAGAUUUUUUUUAGUGUGUAACCAAUAGUACACAACGACAUCAAUAUCCCACAAUGCAAUACGGAAGUGACGACCACUUUCAUAAGAGACGUUGACGGACGGCUCAGUAAAGUCAAUAACGCUUCAAUUUAAUUGUAAGUAUAACAUUUCACUUUGAUAGGUGUAAUAUAUAUUUCAGAAAUAAAUUCUCAAAAACUGUCGUUGGCACGGGUUACCAUGGUUACAGGCUCUACAGGAAGUGAUGACAUAAAUUACUGCUCAGUGCGUCCGGAAAGAUACACACUACUGUUUAUUCACACAAAAGCAUGUUGAACGAUAGUACACAUAUUGAAUAUGUAGAGCACAGUAUGUGAUUUUGGACUCUUCAAAUGAAACUCGUGAGCUCGUGUUUGCAACACGGGAAGUUGUGUACACAAUAUGCUCGGCGUUCACGUGGUUAAGUCGGGAGAACGCCGCUGCUAGGCAACUGCAACAUGGACGCUACUGUUGGUGUCUAGAAGCCACCGAGGCUAACAAUUUAACAAGCUAGCAGGAAAUGCAAAGGCAUAAUCACAGAGGAAAUAGAUGAGGCAGUUGGGAAUAUCAACAUUAGACAUCAGACAUAUUAUAAGAUUACGAAGAAAAACAAUAUACGACUAAAAUUAGAAGAUAUUAACUUAUUAUGCACCGAAAAAUUUACUUCCGAGGCCUCCGCCAUUUCUGCCAACGUCAACAAACACGUCACAAACGUUCCACCUACGAGGUCGUGAAUACCACAAGAGGGGAGGGCGUUCGUAUGGACCCUUCUUGUGAACGCGGUAAACACGACCCCAUUUGAAGGCACCAUAUGACACUUCGCUGGAGAGUGUGAGCUGCAAUCUGAACGAUCAGAUUUAAGUAGUAAUGACCUGCUCGUUACCGAACCACCCGGCUGCCUCCAUGUAAAUCUGAACCUGGAAAGACUAAAGUCACUCCUGCAGAGUUAAAUGUCUCACUCUAUAAAAUGACAUUUAUUAGAGAAUAUUUAAUUCCCAGAUUAAACUGAACCACCACCUGUGUUGGGUAACGGAGAUGAAAUCCAAAAUAACACAGAGUAAAUGUAACAUAACAAUACAUGUACAUUCAUCAUCAUGUGUAUGAGUGUAUGGAUAUGUACAGACACUUAAAGCCAUAUGAACUACAAAAGAAAGUGAGAGAGAGUGGAUUUGCUGUGUGAACGAUGGGAAUUUGACAAUAUGAACCCUCAAGAUUUACAUUAUUAUUAUUAAUCUCACUCAUUAUAGCAUGAUUAGAAAAAGAAAGCAUUAUUCAUGUCUGUGUAAGAUAAUGUAACGUGUUAGAUAUUCUGCUGUCCAGCUGGAUUGGAUGUCAGAGGAUGGAUUAUACUGGACGGGCCCGGAGGAAAGAGACACUACAAAAUGUCCGUCUUCUGGUGUCUCGCAUCUCAUAUAGGAGGGGUGGGGGACACCUCCCACGUCUGGGCCCGGGGGGGCCUGUUGUCUCAUAAUCCGUCCAUAUGUUUUUAUGGUGCUGGCGUUAGUCGUGGCCGGAGGCGUUAUGUUUUCCGUCUGUCCGUUCCAUUCUUGUGAUCUCUUAUAAACGCCUCAUAGAGGGAAUUUCUUCAAAUUUGGCACAAACGUCCACUUGGACUCAAGAAUUCAUAUUCCAAUCAUGACAAUUUCAUACAAAUGUCCAACAGGAUAAAAUGAUGAUGUGAUGACAUGUUGGACUGAUAUGCAUGUAAACUGCAAAUUGACUGGUUAAGGGAGGCAUACAACCACGAGGCGGUAAUUCUAGUUUUUCUUCUGAUGCUGAUUGUAGUAAAAAAGGAGACUUGCCAACAUAUCAACGAUCAACAGCAAGUCAAGAGUUUCACUCCUAAAAACAAAAGUACUUUAAUGAAUGUUAGCACAAAAAGAGAUGAUCCUCCUGAGAGAGAUUGUGGACAGCUCUCUCCAGCUGGCGGAGUGCAGAACAGCUGGGCAGACUGGAUAUCUAGUAUUUGUACAGAAACUCUUAACUCUGAGUUUUCUUUAAAAAAAAAAAA